GCUUCUUGAUAGGUUUGGCGACAAGACCCGGCUCCUCCCCCGCCCCCUCCACCGAACCCGAGAGGAAAGAGGCUGCCGGCUGGGCUGCCGGGUGGGCAGGCGGGAUCUGCAGCACCAGCCGCGGAACUGACUCGGGACUGAGCCAGUGGCCGCGCGCCGGUCGGUUGCGGUUGGCGCUGGCAACGUCUCCGGGGCUCCGGGAAUCCCUCGGAGCCGCUCUGCGCUGAGCAGGGACCGAGGAGCUGCUGCUCCUCCCGUUCUCCUGCUCUCCCCCCCGCCCUCCAUCCUCCCUCCCUCCUUCUCCCGCCGUCCCCGCCCCCCAGCCCCUUUGUGCCGCCGCGGCUGCAGAAGACUCCCGAGCCACCCCGGAGCUCCCUGGCCCGGCCCGGCCCGACCCCCGGGAAGCAGGGGGUGGUGAUUAUAGAGUCCGGCGCGUCCGCCCCGUCCGGGGGGCCGAUGGCUAGGGGUAGCUACUCGGGCUGGGGCGCAGCCGCCCGACCCUCCCGAGGCCCCGCCUGCCUACGCCGCAUUGUCCCGGGCCCGGAGACCCGGGCCCUGAGCUAGGAAGGACGCCGCAGCUCCGGCCCGCCCUGGACGGGCCCAUGCGGAGGGCCGGAGGCAUGGAGGACUACUCCGGGGAGGACGAAGAGUCCUGGUACGACCAGCAGGACCUCGAGCACGACCUACACUUGGCAGCAGAACUGGGGAAAACACUGUUGGAGAGGAACAAAGAGCUCGAGGAGUCCUUGCAACAGAUGUAUUCUACCAAUGAGGAACAGGUACAGGAGAUUGAGUAUCUGACAAAACAACUAGACACCCUGCGGCAGGUGAAUGAGCAGCAUGCCAAGGUGUAUGAGCAACUAGAUGUGACUGCUCAAGACUUGGAGCUGUCCAACCAGAAGCUGGUGCUGGAGAGUAAGGCUGCGCAGCAGAAGAUCCACAGCCUAACAGAGACCAUAGAAAGUCUUCAAACCCAAGUUGAAGAGCUUCAGGGACAAGUGGAGGAGCUGAGGAGCUUGGAGCAGUUGCGGGUCCGAAGAGAGAAGCGGGAGAGACGGAGAACCAUCCACACCUUCCCUUGCCUUAAGGAGUUAUGCUCCAGUCCCCGGUAUGAGGACGGCUUCCGCUUACAUAGUUCCUCCACGGAUCUGAGCCCAAAGCCCUUGGAAAGGGAGAACGAGCAGCUGCAGGCCAUUGUGAGCUCCCUGCGUUCCCAGGUGAGCCAGGAGAAGCAGCGGAAGGAGCGGGCGGAGCGGGAGUACACGUCCGUCAUCCAGGAAUACUCGGAGCUCGAGCGGCGCGUGUGUGAGAUGGAAGGCUGCAAGCUUCGGGUGCAGGAGCUGGAGGCCGAAGUGCUGGAACUGCAGCAGAUGAAGCAGGUGAAGACGUACCUCCUGAGCCGGGAGGACAACCUGUCCGAGGCCUUGCUGGAACCCCUCAACAAUGCCCCAGAGGCGGACGAUCCUGAGCUCGGUGGGGAUGUGACCGCGGGGAAAGACGGCGUCCCUUCGCCCACGGCUUCCCCCGGCCAUGCGGUGCGCAAGAGCUGCAGCGACACGGCCCUCAAUGCCAUCAUGGCCAAGGACCUGGCCAAUCGCCACUUGGGCAACUACAUCCUGCACGCCAACAGCGUGCGCAAGCGGGGCAUGUCCAUCUUGCGCGAAGUGGACGAGCAGUACCACGCUCUGCUGGAGAAAUAUGAGGAGCUGCUGAGCAAAUGUCGGCAGCACAAAGAUGGCGUGCGGCACGCUGGAGUGCAGACCUCGCGUCCCAUCUCUCGAGACAGCUCCUGCCGCGACUUCCGGGCCGGGGAGGAGGGCCAGGGGGAAGAGUGGGGAGGGGGCAAGCAGGGCGAGAAGAGCCUUAUUCAGCACGUGGAGGCCGUGGACAAGAGGUUGGAGCAGAGCCAGCCAGAAUACAAGGCCCUCUUCAAGGAGAUUUUCUCCCGGAUCCAGAAGACCAAGGCAGACAUUAAUGCCACCAAGGUCAAGACCCAUAGUAGCAAGUGAGCCCCGCCUGCACCCCCCAACCCCCCUUGUUCUUGCCCCAGCCCUCCUCUCCCCCCUUCCCCCCAAGAUACAAGAUGCCCCGCCUCCUUUUCUAGCUUUCUGUUAAAGGGAGCCCUUUCUGACUUCCUAGUUGGGGUGUGAUGCCAUCAUUCCCAGCUGGAAAGGCUCCCUACAAGGGGUGGGAGUUGGGGGAAGGGAGGAUCCUCAAAAGAGGAUGCAGUAGUUGAUGAUGGUGCCAGAGACACCUAAGGAAUACCCCUCCCCCACCCCUGGAAUGGGGAGAGGGGUAUGGGGAGCAAAAAGUAGGAAGACAAACUGACCCCCUGUCUCAGGAGCUCCCAAUCACCCUUUGUGUCAGCCUGAUGAAGCAGCCCAGAGUUUGAAAGCCAGACAUCCCAGGGGAAGGAAGCCCCUCUCUCUCCUAUCCCUCUGGCUUCCAGGCCAUCUAGCUGGUCCUCAGCCAUAUGGCCCCAACUUUCUUUUCAAAGCCAUUCUGGAUCUGGGGGAUUUUUUUUUUCUUAUAAUGCUAGCUUCUCCCCCUCCCCAAGACUGAUGCACUUGAAGUAAGACCAUCCAGAGCUGCCUUCUGCAGUUCUGAUUGGUUUCCUGAACCCAUACCCCAGCACCCUACCUGGGAAUGCCACCCCAAACCCAGGUACCUCAUCACUCCAUUUUGGCAACAGUCGCUUAGUCCAGGGCAUCCCAGACAGCCCCACUCUGGGCAGAAAGCAUCCUCUGAGAGCAAAGAGGACCUCUGCCUUCUCCCCAGACUGUCUGGGUCCCCUAGGAUGUCGUAGCUACCCCUCAGGAGCCAGCCCAGCACCGUGUCUGUAGCAAGUGAACUCUGGGGAGGAAGAGGAGAGACCCUCACCCAGCUGUGAAGGAGCUAAACUCCUGCUCUUACUGUUCUCCAGCCUUCCCGGGAAAUGCCUCUGACUGUGUUCAUGCUUUCAGAGGCUAGGGUUGAGGGGAUUCCCAACUGGAGGGGACACCCCUCAUGGCAGUUGGGAUUCCCUGACUAGCAUCGUAGCAGCACCACUCCGCUCUCACCCAUGCUUGUGGUUUCUUACUUUCCUAGCCCCAGACUUCACUAUGUCUGCCCCUAUCUCAGGGACCAUAUCUCAUUCACAUACUCCAUCCAGUGCCCACUUCUGGGUGUAUAUACCAGCAUGUUACUCGAGCUUCAGCUUCCAGCUUACCCCACCCCUGGGGCCAGCCUGACACACUGUCCCUGCCCCAUACUGUAUUCUCUACCCAGUGGAGAAGAGAACCUAUUUUGCCUCCUGAAACUCCCCACUUUUCACCAAGGUGGCUCAGCCUCCUCUCUAACUUCCCCAGCCUCUUUAGGGGUAUGGGGAGAAGGGGCUUUGAUUUUCUUCUGGGCUUAGCUCUUCCUGACUGUGACUGUUGCCCCCUUCUGGGGCAUCAGUCAGGGAAGGACCAGGGAUUCACAGCCCUACCCCCAAGCCACUAUGUAUCCAAGAAUCUCAAUCCUGUGUGCUGACCCAUUAGCAGCCAUAGAGCCUGAUGGAGAGAGUUACCUGGCUCCUAUUCUGGGAGCUUCCAUGCCUUAUUUAUAAACAGAAAAGCAGUUUUCUUGAGCAUCCCUGAAGACACCCAACCUACUCUUGAGGCAUUACUGUGAUGAAAGCUGGUGGCUCUGGUCCUUUAUAUUCCCUUGAUUUUGAAUCUUCAUCCUGUGGGGCAGGGGAAACUUUCCAGUCAUUUGUGCGUUUCUUUUGGGGGGGGGGGGGUAAGGGUUGAGGGUGGAAGGAAGAAACUCCAUCCUAUCCAAACUCCAGCACACUAGCAUCCUACCAGCUUCACCUUUGAAGUGUACAUGAGAGAAAUAUAUUUACAAAUGCUUUAUUCUCUUCUUAAAUUAAAAAAAAAUGCAUCAGUAUUCUGAAAGCAGAAGUUGCCUUCAAA